GACCUCGUCGGGAGCAGAAGCAGGACGCUUACAACCCUUACAACUGCUAAAAUUAAGAUCUUUUUAUCUUACAUAUUAUUCUUUCUUUGGAACCAUUUGUUAAAUAUUAUUUUAACAUCCCUGUCACUAUCUUCAGUUUGGAACAACAGUAAAAUGUUAGGAGCCCUUGCUGCACUAGACGCAGGCGUCUCAGACGUCGAGGAAACUGAGACGGAAAGUACAAUAUUUGCAGACACAACUACAUGUGCCAUGGAUUUAGAGGGCAGCAUGGGCAUGCUGGUGCCUUUAUCUUUUCCUCAGAAGCAGAAGGCUCCAAAAAACACGAAGGAAUUAUUUGAAGAUGAUGAUGUAGCUGUCGAUUGUUUGCUCUGUAAACUAGAGUUCAAAAUGGAGAGCGAGCAGAAAAUUUUUCUGAAACACCUUUUCACUGAUCAUCGACUGGUCAUCGGAGAUGUUAAUCAAGUGGCCAGUUUAAAAAGCUAUGUCAAAUUUUGGAAAGCUCGCUUCCAGUCCGGGCCGCUGGAGGAAUUUUGCAGCGUAAUGAAAAUGGACACCACUCCCGACGGCGAGUAUAGCAAGGACGAGGUGUACUUCAUGCUCUCCGACAUACUCCCAGAGGACAAGCAGCUGAGGGAAGGGCUUCAACGAAAGCGACUUAAUGUAAUCCUAGAAAGACAGAAAUUCGAGAGAGAGGACAAGACUUAUUCCCAGGAUUGCCUAUUCUGUCGAAAGAAGCUUGAAGGCACAAGAGCCGAUGCCUUGGAGCAUCUUGCUGAAUACCACAAUCUCAAUUUAGGCAGAUCUGACAAUCUUGUUUUCAUUGACGAGCUGUUGGAGCAGAUUCACUUGCGGCUGCAGAAUUUGCGGUGCUUGUUCUGCAACAACCAGUUCUACGAGAAGCGCGCUCUCAGCGAACACAUGCGUAAAAAGCAGCAUAAAUGCAUCAAUCCUGAAGACACUGAAAUGGACAAAUACUUUAUCGUAAACUACCUUGAAAUCGGGAAAUCGUGGAAAGAAGUUGAAGAGGAGCAGGAUGGUCCUCUAGGACCAGAAGAUGAGUCGUGGUCAGACUGGUGCGAUGAUGAGGCAGAAUCCCCGCUGGUCUGUCUCUUCUGCGAUCAUCAGUCAAAGCAUCUGCAUGCCCUCAACUGUCACUCGCAAGUCCAACACAAUGGCUUUACCUUGGACAAUUUAAAUCUCUCUUUCUAUUUGCAAGUCAAACUUGUCAACUAUAUUAGAAGGCAAGUCUACCUCAAUGCUUGUCCAGUAUGCAACGAAUCUUUUGACUGCAAGUCAAGCCUUGAUGAACAUUUGCUGUCUGCACAGCACUACACUGUACCAGAUGUUUCUCUUUUUGAUCAACCUCAAUUUUUCUUCCCAACCUAUGAAAACGAUGCAGUUUUAUCUCAGCUAGAAGACGCUAAUGAUGGAGUAGAAGUUCCUGUCGUUCCAGAAUAGGGUAGUAGGCACCCUCAGCGACCUAUUUCGUGAUUUAUAGGGUAUUGAAGGCUUUAAAGAAGUAAUACUACUUGUAAAUUUUAACUUAUCCUAAUAUUGCCUUAUUGCAUGAAAUUGAACGCUGAAAAUCAUUGAAAUUUAUCUGUUAAUAUUAAAUUUUUCGCGUACUGCACAAAAAUGUAUUAAGCACACAAAUAAAACUAUCAUUUGCUCAAAUAGAAAAA